UUUAAAUAAGCAUUUCUUUUGAUUAAAUAAAUGCUAUACUGAAGUCAAAGAAACCGCCAAUUUACGGACCGGGCGGCAAGCACGUUAUGCGCUUCGACGUUCAAAUAUUGUCCUGUUUUGUCUCGCUUCACGCUCGUCUUUUUCGAUUUCUCGUCCACUACGGGUACAGGUACAGGUAACAACGUGAAUGAUAAAUUGUGAAAAGUACAAUGGAUGAUCAAAUAAAAACAUUUUUAGAAAGUACGGGAUUAGGAAGCUACUCGGAUAUUUUCAUAUGUAAGUACAUUGCAAAUUCCAAUCGUUUGAAGCUGUGUGAGAGUCAAAUGUUCUGUAGUCGCAUCGCCACGGGUUCCUCACGACGAUCCUCGCAGGCCGCUGCGGUGGUCGCGUGAUCAGGGAUCGCACGUGAAGAUUCCGUGAAUAUGUAGACUCGCGCUCACGAACUUUUUUUGACGAGGAUCGGGUUGGCUAAUCUGCGAGCCGAGGCAGUGGCACUUUUCGUUCCAGAUGAGCACAUCCUCAGCUUCAACGUAUUGUAAUAUCAUUACAAAAAACAAAAUCGAAAUUAAUCAAAUAGAAGAAAUUACUGCAGAUAUUCUUCCUUUAUUCAUUGCUCCAAUCGGUGAUCAAUUACGGUACAAGAAGGCUGUCGAAACUUACAAAGGAAAGGUUUCAGUUGAAAGUAGUGAACAAACGACUCCUAAAGGUGACUGCAUAAUUGAAGUUAUUAGUAAAGCAGACUGGAAAAAUGUAUAUGCUUUGAAAGAAGAGGAUGAGAAUCUUGUUAACGAUGAAGUGUUAGCUAUAAAGAACACGAGUGAAGAAAGUGCAUAACCAUUUCUUAAAAAAAUCAAGCUCGACAGUUCGAGUUUACCUUCGACAUCAUCAAAAAUAGAAAACAAUACAACUUCAAAGGUCGUCAAACUAAAUUCUAAAGAAAUAACUUAAUUUUCUCCUAUAUUUUUACAUUUCUUUACAUUCAACUCUAAAACUAUAAGAGUUCUUACACAAUAUAUAGCAUAAUAAACCAAAAUUUUAUUUCAUGGUGCACUAUUGGCGCAUUAUUCAUGACAAUGGUCCUCUACAUAACUUUUGGUGCAUGAGAUUCGAAGGAAAGCACGCACUAGGGUUACAAGCAGCUCGAAAUUCCGCGAGUCGAAUAAAUUUAACUCAAACCAUUGCAAUCGAUUACCAGUUACAUUUAACAUACAGACUAUCGAAUAAUGAAAUCUUAAAUAGCAUAAUAAAGGACCUCGGGCUACCGGUAUAAUUUGUCAAGUUGAUGAAAAGUUCAUCCCAGUUAAAUGGAUCGAUUAUAACAGGCGAUUAUAUAAAA